AUGAGCCCUCUCAAUCACGAUAUGUACUUGAACGUGUACGGUAUAGCUCUUGGGUCGCGAAUGAGGAAAUAUACGCUGAGUGAGGAUAAACGAACCGCCGCUUCGCCGUAUCCCGUCGUUGGAGGUAUUGCAGACGUACCGUCCGAGGACAUAUCGAAGGGCGAGGCUAGUGGAUAUCCGCUGCUCGACACCGUAAUCGUGAAAGGCGACGUAGUGUGUAAUCACUGGUGGAAAGCACAGGGGCCUGCCAAUCAGGGACAGUACUUCUGCGUCGGCUGGGUUCGUAACUCGGAUUGCAGGAGUGGCAGGGAUCCAAGAAUCGACAAGCUUGACUGCGGGUUUCGUUUCAGCGCUAGCCAGUUUGAACGAAAGGAGCCCAUGUACCUGAACAUCGCGUGGGACAGGAAAAGCACUUGGGGUCUGCACGCGAUGACCCAGGAGCAGCUCGACGCACGCAUAGAGUACUAUCGCGGCUCGACCAACACAAACCCUGCAUGGGGUAUCAUAAAGUCCCUUCGUUCGGCUCCCAUCGUAGUCGAGGGCUACACCCAUGUGAAGACGAUAUCUGCACCAGAAGAUUUGGUCGCAUGGGGCGUUUCGCAUUCAUUGAUGAGUCAUACUGCUCUCGUACCGCGUUUGCAAACGCCUCCGCCGUCUCCUGAAAAGAAACGUAAAUUGGGUAGCGCCGAACAUGCAGGGCCCUCGAGCCUCCGUGACCGUUGA